AUGAAGCCAAGGUCAUGGACCUUAAGGCCGUAUUACCUUACAAUACUUUUACUUUUGUCAACAUUCACAAGGUGUUAUGGUAAGUGUAGUACAUGAAAUUUCAUUUUUAUACUUGUUUCUACCAGGUUGUUUAAUUAAGUAUGGGCCCUCUUUUAAAGAAAAUUUUCGGAGAACAGAAUUAUAUGAACAAUUUAAUAUAUAAUUUACUUUUGCUUGUUGGCAAUUUCAAACCGGUCGCUUAAGUAUAAGGAGACUUGACACAUUGAGUCAAGUGUUUCCAGAAGUAUAUACCGCGAUAUCCGCGUUUUACGUCAAAAUAAGGUUAUCACUAACUUAUCAGGUCAUUAUCAUUUUUUAUUCAUAAAGAAAUACUUUUUUAUCACUGUAUAUUAUAAGUAUUGGCCAUAAAUACUAUUUUUUAUAAUUUGUUUACGAUAAUUAGCUCCUGCUGUCUAAAACAAUAGAUUUUAGCUAGUCCAAAUCCUCAAUGGCCACAAUCAAAUUCAGAAUUUUAUUCGAAUUCAUAUCAAAGUCAGAAUGGCUAUGUUCCACCGACUUCUUUUGGCAACAGCAACUAUGGAGGUAAGGAAAGGGCAUUUUAGGUAACAAAUCUUGUUUUUUUGCUAAUGAUUUUAGUUUUUUAUGCGAAACUUAACGUAUUUUAGCUUUUAAACAGCUUAUUGUAUCUAUACUCAUGUUAUGUUAGGUUGAAUUUAAGAAGAAGGUAAUAUUAAAACUUUUCAGCCUUCAACCGUCCGUUCAUAACCCGCCCAAUGAAUGGUAAUGGCUUCGUAUCCUAUGGCAAUGGAUUUGGCGGAUCAUAUUCGGGAAUGGGUACAGCAACAAACAAUGAACCGCCCCCAUCACCUCACGAGUCCGAGGUAGGUCGAGCUUCAGUACCAGCUGCUCCUGAUCCAGUUGGUCCUACUAUGCCAGCUGUACCACCGCCUAGUCCGGGUAUGAAUAUGGAAAUGGCGGGUAUGGGGUCGAAUUCACAGCCAACAGCGAGUAAUAUGAAUAGUGGCAAUAUGAACAACAUGAAUAUGGCUGGCGGAGGAAUGAGUCCGAAUGGCAUGGGCGCGGCUGGCCAGAUGGGGCAAAUGGGCUAUGGUCAAGGGAUGAACAGAAACAUGUGGAACAUGAACAAUAAUGGCUAUGGGAGCUCUUGUAGGUUUAUUUUAGAGGACUUGUAGCAUUUUUCGUUAAUUUUUUUUAAAUUUUGAAGUUGUAAAAAUUUGUUACCUAAAAUUUCUUUAACGAUAUUGAGGUUGCUAAUAGAUCAUUUUUACUUUUUUGAGUCGUCUAAAUGGUGUUUAAAUUAACUUUUUUAAUUUUAUUAGUAUUGUUAUCUAAAUUUUCAUUUUUUGUUACCUAAAAUAUUAACUUUUCACAAAUUUAUUACCUAAAACAUUAAUUUAGUGUACAAUCAGCCCUGCUAUGGCCCAAACUGUCCUAUGCAAGGCUUAAACACAGGUGGUUACGAUCUGACUGGUCUUGGCGGUCUAGGUGGCUUGACUGGAAUGGGCUCCAACAUUGGUCAGAAUCCGACCGAAGAUUCUGGCGAAGAAUCAAAUGAAAUAGCCGCAGGGCAGGACAUGGAACAGUCGAAUCUUCAAAAGUACGCGGAAUAUCUUGAUCUAGUCAACCGGAGGUAUGGGAUUGGCAUGCCUGGGCAGGGUAACAACAAUAUGCCUGGACCGACACAAUCGACCGGUCAAUGGAACAACAUGAACAAUAUGGGGAUGAUGAACAACAUGAACAUGGGGAUGAUGGGCAUGAACAACAUGGGCAUGGGCUACAAUGGCAUGCCCGAUGGUAUUGGUAUGAAUGGAAAUGGUAUGGGUGGGCCUAAUGGUAUGAAUGGUCCUAAUGGUAUGGUAGGCGGUAUAAGUGGUCUUAAUGGAUUGCCUGGUCCUAAUGGAAUGUCAGGUCCGAAUGGAAUUCCAGGUCCUAUUCCGAAUGGCUUGAACGGUCUAAACAGUGGUACAGGCAUGGGUAAUGGCCCGAGUAGCUUAGCUGGUAGUGGUGGCAUCAGUACGAUGGGUGGACCGGGAGAACCAUCAGCUGCUACUGGCUUAAGUGCAGGUGUGGUUGAUGGUGGUGCGAUUAAAAGUGGCAGUAUUUCUAGCACUGGCAGUGGGGCUGGUGGGUCAGGUAAGGGAUUUUGGAUAUAAUGGUGGUAAAAAUGUGAUUUUAAAAAAUUUUUAUGACAUUUUUCAAAAAAGCUGAACAAUACGUUUUGUGGAGUAUGCAAUGGUGUAUAUAUUGUGAACGCUUUGAGUUUCUAAUUGUUAUAACAAAAAAGUUAUAUUAGUUUGAAAUUGGAAUUAUUAUGAUUUUCCAAGCGGAGUCGAACUUUUUUCAAUUUUCGACAUUUUCAACUAACUACUAGUUUUUUAUAUAAAAAGAUAUAGCUAUGAAAUUUACAAUAUACGUACUUCUGAUUAUUCUCUACAAUAUAUAUGACUUAUUUUUCAAAAAACAUACCCAUAUAAGAAAAAAUUUCCAUCAAAAUUCAGACGGCGCAGUGCCAGGCCCAACCCCGGCCGCCAACGCUCCCAGUGGAAUGGGUUCGUUGUUAAUGGGCCGUAACCUCGGCUUCGGAACCUAUCCAUACAGUGGCACAUCCCAAGGUGGAUAUCUACCCAACAUCUACGAAAACCCAUACCCAAUUCAAUGGCCAAUGCAAGGCAACUAUGGCUCACUAACCAACAUGGGACCAAUCAACACCUGGGAGAAUCCGUACGGCCAAAUGGGAGGUCUUAUGGGUAGUCAAGGAGGUUUGAUGGGUAGUCAAAUGGGACAAACUGGGACAAUCCAACCGGACUACAUACCUUAUGGUUACUCGAACAUACGAUACCCACUACAACAACAAGUUCGGCCAUCGAUCAACUACCCGGUCAGGUGGAAUGUGGAGACGACUGCUGGACCUCCAGUAUUACCACCUGAGGUCCCGAGCAGUAAGUCGAAAGAAAAGAGUGCGGAGAUCAGUGGAAGUCAGGAGAAGACACAUCAACCGCCCAACACACCUACUGCAACAUCUAUUCAGGCAUUGACACAGCAGGUCGGCAGGGGUUUUGUUAAGGAUUUUGAGGAUUAAGGUGUUUUUGGCAGACUUAAUGAUAUAUAAUUCUUAAAGGUUUUAAAAACUUUUAUUUUUUCUACAGUAGAAUGACAUGCUGAUGAUAUUAUUAUAAAGCCGUAUUCUUAGAUUCGCCGUCUGCCAGCCGUUUUGUACGUAGAUUCUAAGGACCAAGAAGGGAGAAGGAUAGAGAAUAUGUUAAGAGAUACCUAUGGUCUACCUUUGGUAUCGUUCUACGUCGACAAGAUUGACAAACCGAAGACAGUAGAGAAGUAUCUACAUCAACUUACGGCUCACAAAGGAAUGCCAUAUCUUUUUAUUUGUGGCACUUUUAUUGGAAGUAAGCUUUUGAAUUUGUUUUUGUUGAGCAUGGUAUUGGGCUUUGCGUAGUACUGUAAUGUUUUACUAUUUUAUGGUACUUUUUUGUAUGGUACUAAAGGUGGUACAGAGUAGCACAAGACACUAAGUCUAUUGUAUUUAACGUAGAAAGUAGUAAAAGUUACAUAUAUAACAAAAUAUUUAGGCUUGGAACACGUUGACAACUACCACAAGAACAAGCAAAUCCCACAACUGGUGGAGUAUGUUUGUGGAGAGAGUAAAGACAAGAAAACUCAGCAUUCUCACAAAGACAAAUCCUCUAAAAAGCCAAAGGAAAAACGGUCUAGGUCUAGGAGAAUACCUGGUUAA